GAGGAGGCGGCAGGACGGACAAACUCAGCUCCUCUGCGCCCGCAACUUUGUCGGCACAUAAAGCGGCAAAUAACCAACUCAAGCUCGUAGACUUUUGUUCUUUUUCACUCUCAUUGGAAACCAAAACAGGCCAUUUUUCAGCUUGUGAAGACGACUCAUUUACUCGGAGUUAAUCCUAUUUCCCCGGAGGAUUUUUAAAUAGCUGCCAGCCGCGCCGCGAUGAGCGCUGCGGAAAACUCAGACACCGACUCCAACAAGCUGGAGUCUGUGAUACAGAGGCUGGAAGAGAGUGUUCUGUCUGAGGAGAAGAGGCUGACGGUCCAGGGCCCUUCACCUGAUGACCCCCCCACAUCUCUUCCAGCUCGAGUGCGAGAGAUUGUCACGAAGAACCUCAACGAUAGCACAGGAGCCAUGUCAUCGAUCAUGUCCCUCCAGGAGGAGAACCGGGUGCUGCAGGGGGAGCUGGCGAGGUUGGAGGACCUGCUGGCACACAGCAGGGCCGACAGAGAUGAGCUUGCCAUCAAGUAUGGUGCAAUUAGCGAGAGGCUGGAGCAGGCUCUGCGUUUGGAAACAGGCGAGGGCGACCAUGAUUCACCAGAGUCUCGCAGUCUGGCUCAACAGAAUGUGGACUUGCGGAGGCGGCUGGAUGAAGAACAAGCAGCCUACAAGCGCAAACUCACUGCGUACCAGGAGGGGCAACAGAGGCAGGCGCAACUUGUGCAGAAGUUGCAGGCCAAGGUGCUUCAGUACAAAAAGAGAUGUGGGGAUCUGGAGCAGAUGCUGCAGGAGAAGUCCUCAGAGUUGGAAAAACGCAGUGUGAGUGGAAACAGUGAAACAUCAAAUGGUCGCCAUCAUGAUGAAGCCAGCAGCAAUCUGGAGGAUGCUCUGAUCCGUCUGGAGGAAGAACAGCAGAGGAGCAGCAGUUUGUCUGCAGUGAACGCAAUGCUGAGAGAGCAGUUGGAUCAGGCCGGUUUGGCCAACGAGGCUCUCAGCCAGGACAUCCGCAGGCUCACUGCUGAUUGGACAAAGGCCAGAGAGGAACUAGAACAAAAGGAGUCAGACUGGAGGAGAGAAGAGGAGUCUUUCCACAGCUACUUCAGCAGCGAACACGGUCGACUGUUGAUGCUGUGGCGACAAGUGGUCGGGUUCAGGAGGCAUGUCUGUGAGAUAAAGACUGCCACUGAAAGGGACUUGUCAGACAUGCGUAACGAGCUGGCUCGGAUGUCCCACUCUGCUCAGGUGUCCUGCACCGGCCUGUCUGCAGCGCUCCACAGCCGGGAGGGAGGAGCAGCUCUGGCUCUGGAGCGGGAAAAAACUCAGAGAGUUCAGCUGGAGCAGCAGCUGAGAGAUCGAGUGGCGGAAAUGAUGAAGCUUCAGACCAGAACAGAUGCAGAGAGAAGUGAACUUAACAUCAGGUUGUCAGAUGUGGUGAGAGAAUGUGAGAGACUUAAAGCCCAAAAUGCGGAGAAAGAUGGUGAAAUUGCAACACUAAUGAGGCGUCUUGAGGAGCAGAGCGGCAGUGAUGAGACUGACAUGCAACUGAUGAGAGCUCACACUGACACAUUGUUGGACACUAUGCGGGACAUUGCUCAGACACUUCUGUCAGAUGGAGAGUCAUCAUCAGAAGCAGAUCAGGACAACUCUGUGCCUUCGCUUCUAACACUGAUCCGUGACUCCUCUCGUUGCUCCUCCUCUGCUCGGAGGCCGUCAUCCCCUCUUCGAGGCUCAUUGUUGUCUCCUUUGCCGGACACGGUGCUGUCGGCUCUCCGGUCUACAGUUACAAACAAGACCCUCCAGCUGCAGGAUGUUCGAGGUCGCCUGCUCUCUACUCAGUCCUCUUUACAACAGUUACGAAAGCAGCUUUCAGAGUCUGAUUUGGCUAAAAGAGAUGUGGAACAGCGGAACCAAGCCCUGCAGCGAGAAAGGGACGCUUCUCAGAGAGAGCGGGAGACUGCACAGAGAGAAAAGGACCGUCUAAAGCAGGAGAGAGACACGCUGGCCAGUGAGAAGCUGAACUUGGAGAAGACUGUUCAAGCUGUGCAGAGCAGCAAUCAGAUCCUGCAGAUGGACUGUGAGAAGCUUCAGCUGGCUGUGGCGUCCGCACAGCGAGAGCGAGAUCAUGAGAGGGAGGAAAAAGAGGUUGCCAUGCAGGAGAGGGACCGGGCAAAGGCAGAGACUCAGAGGAUACAGAAGCAGUGGGAUCAGAGCGAGAGUCGAGCCUCUGCUCAGCGUGGAGAGUUGUCUGUGGUCAGGGAGACUCACCAGCAGGGGGAGGUUGAGAGGCAGCUGCUGGAGCGGGAGAGGGCCCAACUGUCUGAAGCACUCGCUCGGGCCGAGAGCAGCAACAUAGAGCUCUCUCUGCAGGUCAGCAAGCUGCAGUCUGAGGAUGCAGCUCUCAGAGACUCCCUGGCAAAGAUGGGUAGUAUGAAUGAGGGCCUGGCUCAGGACAAAGCAGACUUAAACACUUUCAUCCUCCAGCUUGAGGAGGAAAAGGCCCUCCUGCAGACUCAGAAACGUGAGGCAGAGCAGGAGAAACUAACCAUUAGGGAUGAGCUGGUUCGACUGGAGCAGGAGCGUCUGGAACUAGAGUCUGCCCGCAUCACACUGCAUCAGUCACUGCAGGAUGCUGAACUAAGCCGGGUGGGGAUGGAGGCAGAACUGCAGAGUCUCAGGACAGAGAGACUUAAGCUGCAGGAGAGAGUCACCCAGCUUUGUGGUGAGGUGACCUCUCUGGGUUCAGAGUUAAGCCUCACACGGGGAGAGGGCCAGAGGAACGAGGUGGCAUUAGAGGAGGCUGGCCGCAGUCGGGCAGAACUGGCCCGAGACAAAGCAGCUCUGGUGGUUCAACUGACGGCAUCCGAGAGAGAAAACACGAUGUUGUCCGAGGAACUGGCUGCUUUCAGGUCGGAGCGCGAGUCACUGGAAACAAGUCUGUUUGAUGUGCAGCAGCAGCUUGUGCAGGUGGAAUCUCGCAGAGAGCAGCUGGAAAUGGAGAACCAAAACCUCAAAGUUCGCUGUGAGACUGCUGCAGCUGAGCUAAGGCGUGUACGCUCAGAUGGAGAAAGCGCUUUGGUCCAGGCUGAGAAAGACAAACGGGCCAUGACUCAGACACUAAAUGCAGCACAGCUGGAGGCUCAGCAGGCUCUACGGAAAGCCAUCUCUGAGCAUCAGGAGGAGGUGGAACGGCUGGUUUCAGAAAAGGAAGUUGUGCGGCACAGCUUGCAGAUGGAGCAUGAUACCACUCUGAGGAAACUCAGGCAGGAGAUGGAGGAUCACCUACUCAGGACGAAGCGAGAAAGAGAGGAGCUGCAGGAUGAAAUGAGGACUCUGCAACAUGAUCGAGAUCAAUGUUUGCUGCAGGCCGAGACUGAGAAGCAACAGGCUCUUUCUCUGAAGGAGGCAGAGAAGACAGUUUUGUCUGACAGGGUUUCCAGCCUGCAGGCUGAGCUGUCUGCUGCAGCCCUGGAGGCUGAGCGGAUGACCAGAGAAAUAGCUCUUUACCAAGAGCAGGAGCAGAUCAGAGUUGGAGCACUGACCAGUGAGCUUUUGGAGCUUCGCUCUCAGCUGGAAGAUGCAGCCUCUGCUCAUGAAAGGGAACUCCACGGUCUGAGAGAAACUUGCACUGAUCUUCGUUCUCGUGCAGAUAUUGCUCUCAAAGAGCUGGAGGAGUACAGAGCUUCUCUCUCUGCUACCGAGGAGAGUCGCGAUCAGCUGAGGAGGGACUUGCUAGAGACAGAAUGUCGUCUCAACCAAACUCAGGACUUAUCCGAGAACUACAGGAGAGAGGGGAUGGAGCUGCGUCGUAGCCUCUGUGAUGUCACCAAGGAGAGAGAUGCUCUUAACCAAUCAAACACUCAGCUGAGAGAAACUCUACGCACUGCAGAAACAGAGAGAAUUAGUGUGAAACGGCAGUGUGAAGAGAAAGAGCAGAAGCUGGCGGUGCUGGAGGAGAACUUUUCCUCCACUCAGAAGGAGGUGGCAGAGCUGCGUAGCUGUCUGAGAGAAGUUGAAAGGUCACGACUUGAGGCUCGGCGGGAACUGCAGGAGCUCCGUAGACAGUUAAAGGUUCUGGAUGGGGAGAAGGAGCAGAAAGGAAGGGAGCUGGCAGAGCUGCAGACUCGCUUGUCGCUGGAGGAGCAAAGAGAGGAAGAAAGAGGAAAAGAGAUUUUCACCCUCAAACAGAAGCUCACUGAAUCUGAAACAACCAGAGACUUCCUCAAGAAAGAGCUCUCUAUGACUCAGAAACGUUUGGUGGAGUCUGAGUCGAGCUGGCGCAGCUGUGAGAGAGAGCUGACAGCUCAGCUUCAGGAGGCACGUGGUUGCGAGAAGAAGCUCCAGGACGAAGCCAAGAACCUGUCGCUGCGAGCUCAAGCUGCACAGGACUCUGCUUCUCAGUCCAGCCUGCUGCUGAGCGAGGCACAGGGCCGACUGGCUGCCACAGAGGCGGAGCUGACGCGAGCAGAGGCUGCAAGGCGAGAUCUGGAGUUUCGUCUGAGCAGCCUCCAGUCAGCGCUGACACGAACGCUGGGCAUCGGAGCGAGCGGCAGGGGAGGCAGGGGGAGGAGCCCAGGAGGGAGCUCCACAUCACCUGGCAGUGUGUCACGUCAUCACAGCGUCUCACCUCUACGCUCCUCUCUGUCGCCUCCUAAAGACUUUCGAGGAAGCACACCAGACAACACUUUAGGCUCUGGAGCUGCCUCACCUGAGAGAGGCGACACACCGCUGCCUCUCGCUCAGCCAGAGCUCGACCCUGAAACUCUGCGAAGCGGUCUCAGAGACUUCCUCCUGGAGCUGCGUGAUGCACACAAAGAAAGGGAUGAUGCUCGAUGCCAGCUGGGGGCCGUGCAGAGGGAGCUGGAGGAGCUGAAGGGGGAACAGGACUCGGCUCAGAGUCGCCUAACUCAACUGCAAAACUCCUUACAGAUGUGCCAAGAAGGAAAGCGUGGACUUGAUGAGCGUCUGACCACCGCUCAGAUUCUGCUGCAGCAGCAGGAGGAGGUGGUGAGGAGAGGAGAGAGAGAGAGGAGAGCUCUCACCGACAGGGUGAAGGAUUUAGAGCGAUCGCUGCAGGCCUCCGAUACGGAUAAGAAGCACACUCAGGAUCAGUUAAAUAAGCAGCGUGCUGCUGAGAUGCGUCUGGAGGCGGAGAGAAAGCGCCUGCGGGAGGCGCUGGAGGCAGCUGAAGCUCGGGCCACCAGGGUGGAGCUUGGAAGGCGAAGUCUGGAGGGGGAGCUGCAGAGACUAAAACUGAGUCUGGGAGACAGAGAGGCCGACAGCCAGGCCUCCCAGGAGCGCCACGACUCUCUGCUCAAACAGGUGGCAGAGGGAGAAGCCCGUGUCUCUUUGAUGCAGAGAGAGGUAGAGAGGCUGAGCCAGGCUCUGCUUAAAACUCAGGAAGGUGAAUCUGCACUCAAAGAGAAGACAACGUCUCUGAACCAGACCCUCCAGGAGGCGGCAGCUGCUCACAGCAGCACACAGAGUCGUCUAGCUGCUCUGCAAAAGACGCUGAGUUUAGCUGAACAGGACAAAAGGAUUCAACAGGAACGAAUGGAUGAAGCUCGCACAUCAUUAGCUGAGGCAAAGAGAAACGUGCUUACCCUUACUGAGCGUGUGGAGAACCUUCAGAGUGAGCUGAACCAGAGUGAGCUGCGGCAAGAAGAGCUGGAGGCCGAGCUCAACCAUGCUCAGGAGGCUCUGCGCCAGCGUUCAGCAAGUCUCAUAGAGGCUCAGCGCAGCACACAGUUAGCCCAGACAGAGCGGGCGGCCAUGGAGGAGCGACUACGUGGACUGCAGAGAGCAGUGGCAAUGCUGGAGACAGAGAAAAAAGAUGCUGAGAGACAGGCUGUGAGGCUGGAGAAAGACAAGAAUGCUCUGAGGAACACAUUGGAUAAGGUUGAACGUCAGAAGCUGAAGUCUGAGGAGGGUAGCAUGCGGCUGUCUGCAGAGAAAAGCCGUCUGGAUCGCUCCCUGAACACAACUGAGCAGGAGCUGCAGGAGGCACAGCAGCAGAUACUGAUGCUACAGACUCAGCUGGCUGAGAUGGAGCAGUCACACAGUCUGUGUGAGAGUUUGGUGCGGCAGCGUGACGACAUCCAGCUGGAGGCAGAGAGACUGAGGACCAGCUUAAGAGAUGUGGAGCGAACGCUGGGCACCAGAGAGCGAGCUAACCGGCACCGAGUUAAAGGGCUGGAGGAGCAGGUUUCCACUCUGAAGGAGCAGCUACAGCAGGAGAUGAAACGGCGACAGCCAUCGCUUCCAUCGUCUUUACUGUCAACAGGGAACUGAAACAGCUCAAAACGAGAAACAGCUUCUGAGUCAGGGAAGGUCCUCUCAUUCUUUAUGUCUCAUAGCAACUCUAACCUACAUAAAUGUGCUCAUAACUCUGCUGUCUAAAAUGUUCUCCUGUGAUAGUUAAAUUAACACUUUUGUCAUUUUGAAGGUGCUUUAUUGACAUUGUAAAGAGUAAAGAGUAAAGCUGCAACACAAAUAAAGGGAAAGUAAUGUGAUUCAGCAGCUGUCCAGAAAACACCAGCAGUCUGCUGAUUUUUGUACUUGGUCCUGGGUCAGUGUCUUUCUAAGUGUCGUGCUCUGAUUCAUGAAGAAAUCCAAACAAGUCACUUCAGGAAUUUAGUUCAGUUUGACAAUGAUAGAUGGAUAAUAAAUCUGAAAGUUUUGCAGUUUAGCUAUGAUUUAGCUUCGUAAAACACCCUAAAAAAUCAAAUAGUUGUAAUGGUUGCCAUUUUUUAGAUCAAAUAGAGGAAAAAAAACAUGGAAUCAUGAUCCCAAAAACAGAAAUAUUACUUGCUUCAGGUCCUUUGGCUUUUAGGACAGAUUAAGUUCUUUGAGGCAUGGACUUCACUAAUGGAAAGCAAUAUUUCACCAGUCAGGUCCCAACUUUCUUGUAAAAGAUUAAAUACUUUUUGCUCUGCUGCAUGAUAGAUUAUCCAUCCUCAAAGUUAACCUCAGCAUCACCAAACCUGCUUUUGACUGAUGAAAAUUAGAAAAGUGUUCAAAAUUUAAUUUGUGCAUCUUCUGCAGAGAUAACAACUCCCAUCUCUCCCUCUCCCCUAAUCUCAGCCCCAUAUCAGUGAUUGUGGAAGUAUAUUUUGUUUUCUUCAGGCUGAUCUGUCAUCAUGCUCAAUACAGAUUUGUGAUUAAUCACUUUCAUCCAAACCUUAGUUCACCGUAACCUCGUUUUCCUUCGGUUUAGAUGUUAGUCAUCGCUUAGAUUUGACAUUUUGGGAUAUAAAUCCCAUUUCCUUCAGGCAGUUUUUUACAGUGUGGUCACAAACAUCAACUCCUGUUUUUGCUCAUUUGUUUUUCAUUUCUUUUGUUCUGCAUUUUUCCAUUUUCAAAUUAUAUUACAUGUUGGCAUUUUCCUUCUUUGAUCUGUAUGUUUUCCUUCCCCAUUUAGUUGUACUUACUCCAAAUUUUAGACACAGCUGACUGGAAACGACCAACUUCUUUAGCCAGACUGUAAGUUGAAUUAUAAUGUGGAAAAAGACUUGUUCUGGUGUUUUAGGGAUGGAAAAUUACAAGGUAAUUCCAAGAUUUAUUUCCUCUACUUGAUCUGAAUGACAUUGCCACCAAUUAGUUUGGUGUCAUUUCUGUGAGUCGGGUCUUUUCUACUAAAGGAAGCAGCUGAAUCAAGAAUGGUGAGUCCAUGUGUUUUGCCAGGGGAUGUAACAGGAUAACAGAAACCGAGUCUUCACUUUGUAUGAGUGCCAGGAAAUAAACAUAAUGAAGGAACUGCACUGUUUAUUCUGUGACUAACAGAUGUUGCUGAUUGUGUGAUGGGGAGACACUUUUUAUAUGUAUUAAGGAGUGCUGGCAGUCAAGUGUUGUAGUAUGAUAAUGAACUUACAUUAAGUGUUUUGUAUUAGUUUAUAUUAGAUGUGUAUAUACUUUUAUUUUGCUGUAUAAAAACUGACUGACGAAAAUUCAUUGCAGCGGUGUCACUUGUGUGGACACUACACAUGGAAGCCACAUGUUUGCUGGAGAAUAAAGUGAUUGUGUGCACCAACA